AGGCAUGUUCCUGAUAGUGCCUGAAGACGUGCCGAUGGCGCUCAUCGGCAUCUACGGGUUCUCACCACCGCUUCGUGCUGGCAAGGACCACCGCGUGGGUUUUGGCUUCCGGUUCGGCAGCCACGCCGAUUUUCAGGUCAUGUACGAGUUUGGGCCGCAGAUGCGCACCAAACCCCUUCAGCCUAUCAAAAUUCGUUCGGCAGCAUACAGACAACGCGUGACGCGGCGGCGACCGCUGCUGGAGUUGUUACUACGAGCUGGCUUGCUGCAAGUAGCUGAAGCAGAGGCUGAAGUCACGUACGACGAUGACUUGGACCAGCCCAGAUAG